UUUCACCCAUAGGGUUUUCACCGGUUUUCCCAUCCGCCCCACCCUCGAGAAGAACGCUAUACUUAGUUCAGUAUCGGAAUCCAGUAAUCACAAAGCUUGAAGUUUUCAGCAUCGAGAUAACGAGACGAUGAGCCCAAGCUCAAACUUCAUGACGUCACCAGGGAUAUGACGUCUAUGGUCCCUCUUUUCCACCAGUUUGUGGACAGUUUUGUGGGUUCUUCGAGGUUGUGACGACACUGUUGACGCGACCAGAAUGGAUAAUCGCGACGUCAUGUAAUAGCCACCAAACCUAUAAAACGAUCGCCAAAAUCGACUACCUCCUUCAACAAACAAUUUCUUACGUUUUCUACCGACUUACUUCUAUCAAUAUCAAUCAACCAUGGGUUCCAUCUUCUCCUCUAUUGGACGAGGCAUUAACGCCAUUAUCUCUGCUAUUGCCAAUGUUAUCAUGACUAUUGUUAGCGCCAUAACCACUGUAAUCGUCACCAUCUUCGAUGUCAUUUUCGACAUCCUCUGCUGCAGAUGCUUCGGAUCGAGGAGGUCUGGCAUGAGGACAGGGCGUCAUCGUAGGCGGACAACGUUCUGAUGAAACGAACAGUCGCAAUCGAUGGUCCACCGAUACCCCCUCAUCUCCAGACUUUUUUUAGCCUUAGGCAUUAUGUAUCAUUAUCAUCUACCAACGUAUUUACGACUACCAUUAUAAUCUCACCUCACUUAGUAGAUCAACUAAGUGGGGAGACCUCCCGUUUAUAAUACAUACACGUU